AGUUGAUGAAAAGCCCAAUGUUCACUAGCCCAACACACACAUAUUAACAUGUAAAAUUUGGGCCUUUUUUUCAGACAACAUUCAAUUAAAGUUGCACCAAAAAAAAAAAAAAAAAAAAAUCAAUUAACUCUUCUUUCUCCUGAAAAUUGAAAAUGGCUUAAAACACAAUUUGAUUUUUCUACCGUUGCGUUGAUUUUGGUUGCUGCUCUUUCUCUCUCCUCUGACCCGCGUUUUUGAGCAGCUGGGUUCGUUGUAUCUCGAGAUUUCAGCUCUGUUGAUUUGAUAUUACAAACGCUUUGGUUUAUAAUAUAACCCUUUAAUGUCAGAACAAAACCAUGACAAUGGACCUUUUCUCCCUGGGUCCAGUGGCCGCCCUCCUGCCCUUGCUCAGGGAAGGGCCUGGAAGGGGGUUUUGGAGAAUUCGAACCAGGAGGAGAAAUGGGUGGAGAGGGAUUUUCUACAGUUGAGCAACAGUGAUGGUGGUACUUCAAAACGAGAAGCUCAGGAGGAUGUGAAGAGAGAGGGAGAUGGCUGGAAGAAGCCUAAGCUUGAGACACAGACACUUGACCUGUCUCUAGCUCUGCCUGAUGUUUCUCUUUCGCUCUCUGUAUCAAAUGCCGCACCACCAAUUUGUGAUGCUGUUGUGCGUCCUACGCCAUGUAGGAGUGUGCAGUCUUUGGCACUUUCAAAUAAUAAUAACAAUAGUAAUAAUAAUAAUAACAAUAACAAUAACAAUCAUAAUACUCAAGUAACAUGCUCUGAUGAUUUUACAGCUGCUUCGUUAUCGUACUCUUACUCUCACCCAUUUUCACAUAACCCUAGUUGCUCGUUAACUCAGAAUUCUACUGAAUAUUAUGAGAAUUCGGUUGGUAGUCGUAGGAGGGAUUGGAAUUGUGGUGAAGGAACCAAUGGAUCUGUUCAUAGUCGUUUUAAGCCAAUUGGAGAUGGGGUCUCUUUAUCAAAUCAUGGUAGUGGUGUAGCUUAUACUUUGUUGAACAGAUCCCGUACUUUAAAUAGGGAUCCAGGUAACAGUCUGUAUAGGGCGGCUGCCUCAGAUACUAGUUCUUUUUUCCCCUCAGAAUUGCCUGCCAAGCCAAGAACUGAUUUGUGCUCCGUUGACUCCAUGAGUAAAUCAAUGGACCAGGGGCUGAAUAAUUUGGAGGAUAUGAGAGGACACAAGCUUUCCAGAGGAGAAAGGAUUGUUCGUGAUGUCAUUACGGAACAUACCACUGUUAUGUCACAAUUAUCUCGUGAGCUUCCUGCUGAAGCUAUUGAAUCAGCUAAGGAGUACUUGAACUGUCUAAUGGCAUCACCUGAGAAAAAAGAUGAGUUAGUUUAUCUGCAAAAUUUGCUCGAAAAAAGGUCAGACCUUACAAUGGAGACUCUUUCUAAGUCUGACAAGCUACAAUUGGAGAUUCUGGUUGCAGUAAAAUUUGGGCUUAAUGAAUUUGUUUCAGGGAAAGCACGUCUCCCAACCAGUGAAUUGGCUGAAAUUUUCUUCUUCCAGAGAUGUAGAAAUAUAAACUGUAAAUCCUCGCUGCCUGUGGAUGACUGUGACUGUAAGAUUUGCUCGACAAAGAAGGGAUUUUGCAGCCAGUGUAUGUGUUCUGUUUGUCAUAACUAUGAUUGUGCCAACAAUACCUGUAGUUGGGUUGGAUGCGACGCUUGCUCUCAUUGGUGUCAUGCUGCCUGUGGUGCUGAGAAUAAUCUAAUAAGACCUGGCCCUAGCUUGAAGGGGUCCUCUGGCAAAACUGAGAUGCAGUUCUAUUGUCUUGGAUGUGGUCAUGCUUCAGAAAUGUUUGGAUUUGUCAAAGAUGUGUUUAUCUUUUGUGCAAAAGAUUGGGGUAUACAAACACUGAUUAAGGAGCUUGAUUGUGUUAGAAGAAUCUUUAAAGGAAGUGAGGAUCUAAAAGGCAAAGAGCUAUAUCUUAAAGCUGCUGAAUUGCUCACAAGGCUUGAAAGAAGGGCUAUAUCUCCGUCAGAUGCCUGUCAAGUCAUUAUUCACUUCUUCACUACCAAGUCUGACAAGGACGACGCAGCAGAUUUUGCUGCUACUGGUGUUGGGGCAAACGAACUUACAGCUAGUCAAGGGCGUCGUCUAGAUGACGUGUUCCCUUCUUCAUCGGCCUAUUUGGCUCAAAAGUCUAGCUUCAUUAACUGUGCUACCAUGCUGCAAGGUUUGCGUUCUUAUGAUUUCCAUCAAAGCAGUCCCAAGCCGAAUUUAUCCAGUGAGCGACAACUGGCUAUCGAGUUGUCUGGGAAAUUGUCGAACAAAGAUGGAUUUGACAGCUUGGAAAGUAUCAUCCGCUUGAAGGAAACAGAAGCCAGGAUGUUCCAGAAUCGAGCAGAUGAAGCAAGAAAAGAGGUGAAUACAUAUCGUCAAUUGGUAGAGACAAAAACCGAGAAGCUGGAUGUAGAGUAUAGUGAGAAGCUUUCAAAGUUGUGCUUGCAAGAGGCUGAAGAAAGGAGAAGAAAGAGAUUAGAGGAGCUAAGAAUUCUUGAGAAUACACACUCUGAUUACUACAAGAUGAAGAUUCGAAUGCAAGCUGAAAUUAGCGUUUUAGUUGAAAGAAUGGAGGCCACAAAGCAGCUGUGGGUCUGAUAAUCUUAUAAUCUAUUUCUAUGGCCCUUUCUUCUGAAUUGCAUGUCUUCUUUUUAAUUUAUUUGUUGUUUGUGAAGAGUUCUUUGUUUCUCAUUUGAAGUGAAAGAUUAACCAGUUGAAGUGAUUAGGGAAGAUGAAGAGACAAGUGAAUGCUAUAUCGAAUAUACUUGUAUAUGUACUCUGUAUUAUGUAAUGUUGAGUUGUUCAUUAUUGUUAGCUGUUUACUUAAUUCAA